AUGCUCGCCUCCGUCGCCAUCCUCCUCCUCCUCUCCGGCUACUUCGAGCUCCCCUCCAUCUACUUGCUCCCCACCCCCGCACCCCUCGUCGCCGACUCUCGCUUCCCCACCGCGCUCGACUCCAUCGACUCCCGCGAGCGAUCCCCGUUCACCUCCCUCCUCACCACGUUCAACGCCUGGGACACCGCCGUCGGGUGCCCCCGCAUCUGUGCCAAGCUCGCCGCAGAACCCGACUCCAACGUGGACACCACGGCAGCCUCCUUCACGUCCAUCACCGGUGGCGCGGGGUGGAGUGGUGCAAGGUGCGAGGAGCUCAAGGUGCGGCACGUCGGGGUGCUCGUCAAGGGCUGGACGUGGAUCCCCGACGCGCUCGAUGGGGUGUACACCUUCCGCUGUGGGGUCAGCUGCGUAUGGAGCAAGUCCACCGCUGUAGUCGAUCGCCCCGACGCACUGCUCUUCGAGGGCACCACGCUGUCGCAGCAGGUCGGCAGCCUCUAA